AAGUUCUUGUCUCCUGUCUCAUCACUCCCCUUGUGCCCUCAUCAACAGCGGCCGACAGUCAUCAUUUAUACCCAUCCCUGUGCUCGAUGUCUUGCUCGGUGAUCCAACCACAGACUCCCGUCCCACCUGGACAUCCUGGACGCCGCAAACGCACCAUGUCCUUCUCGGCGCCACCACCCCACAAAUCCCCGCGCACGAACACGCUUCGCCGCACAGGGUCCUAUUUAUCUCUGGAAGACAUGCAGGCAGCAGUGGAGACGACGUUGUACGGACGAGCGGGGGCACCCUCUACCUCGCCCGCGGAACGGACCACGAGUUUGCCACGUACGCGGAGCAUGAGACAUUUGAAAGAAGAGAGAGACCGUCGCAAAGCAGCCUCGCGCUCCUCUCCGGCCGUCAUUCAGACACCAGUUGUACUCUCUCCAGCACCUAUCGCCACCUGCGCCGCGAUGCCCAGCUUCCGCACAUCGUCCCCUCUCUCGCCACGACAGUCCGUCCUACCAGCGCGUGCGUCAUUCCCACGCUCAAAACAAGAGCCGGAUCUCUACCGAGCAGCAAUCGCCGCCCGCAUGCGCAUGUCGCCGGAGGGGAGAAGAAUCCUAUAUAUGGGCCCGCGAUUAGCGCUGUCGAUGUACACAGCGAAUCGCGAACUGGAAAAGUCGAUAUAUUCUGCGACGAGCGAGUUGGAGCGUAUCGUCGCCGCCUCGCAAGGCGAUGCAGAUUCCGACGUGGUUAUGGCGGAUAGCGACCCGGCGCUCAGCAAGUCCUGGGUUGUCGUACCGCCGGAGGAUUGGGAGAUGGUCGAUUGCAGUGCAUAGGAGGGUUGGGAAAAGCGCAGUUGCUUGGUUGAUGGGGACCUGUAUGAUGACAACAACGACGAUGAAGACAAUCUGCAUGUGAGCUCAGCUCUUGCAUGCCAACAAUCCAUUCAUGGCGAUUGGUUGAAAAUGGACAACCUGUUCUUGCCUGUCUCUACUCUAUGCGCUCUGCAUUCACUCUCUAAUCCCAUUUACUCUUGUGCUUCGGUUUGAUGGACUGACGGUAGUUUGAGUACUGCCGCAGCGACGUUGUACAUCUUCUCUGUAGCCCAUACAUGACAUGCAGGUCUGCAAUGCAAGUCCAGGUUUUACAAGCCAA